GUUCCGGGUCAGCCGCGGCGUUUACACUUUCCCGGUCCUGUCAAGCACCUGGCUCUCGCUCCCGUACCAAGAUGGCGGCAGAAGCAGCUGGUGGGAAAUACAGGAGCACAGUCAGCAAAAGCAAAGACCCCUCGGGGCUGCUCAUCUCGGUGAUCAGGACUCUGUCUACCAGUGAUGAUGUUGAAGACCGAGAAAAUGAGAAAGGUCGCCUUGAAGAAGCCUAUGAGAAGUGUGACCGUGACCUGGAUGAAUUGAUCGUUCAGCACUACACAGAAUUGACAACAGCCAUUCGCACAUACCAGAGCAUCACAGAACGCAUCACUAACUCCAGGAAUAAAAUCAAGCAGGUAAAAGAGAACCUGCUUUCCUGCAAGAUGCUGUUGCAUUGCAAACGGGAUGAGCUUCGUAAACUAUGGAUUGAAGGAAUUGAGCAUAAGCAUGUCCUGAACCUUCUGGAUGAGAUUGAAAACAUCAAGCAAGUGCCUCAAAAGCUGGAACAGUGCAUGGCCAGCAAGCACUACCUCAGCGCCACGGACAUGCUGGUGUCAGCAGUGGAGUCUCUGGAGGGUCCGCUGCUCCAGGUGGAAGGACUCAGUGACCUCAGGCUGGAACUUCACAGCAAGAAGAUGAACCUGCACUUGGUUCUCAUAGAGGAACUGCACCGACAUCUGUACAUCAAAUCCACUAGCCGGGUUGUACAGCGUAACAAGGAAAAAGGGAAGAUGAGUUCUCAUGGCAAAGAUGCUUCUCCUGGUCCUCUGAUUGAUGUUUCAAACAUCUCUACUCCACGCAAAUUCCUUGAUGCCACUCAAUAUUCUGCUGCUGGAAGCUCAAGUGUGAGGGAGAUGAACCUGCAGGACAUCAAAGAGGACUUGGACUGUGAUCCUGAGGAGAACAGCACUCUUUUCAUGGGAAUUCUUAUUCAGGGGCUGGCCAGACUGAAGAAGAUCCCUGAGACCGUUAAAGCCAUUAAAGAGCGUUUGGAGCAGGAGCUAAAGCAGAUUGUGAAGAGGUCAACCACCCAGGUGGCAGACAGUGCCUAUCAGAGGGGAGAGAGCCUCACUGUGGACAACCAGCCAAGGUUACUUCUAGAACUGCUGGAACUGUUGUUUGAUAAGUUUAAUGCUGUAGCCAGUGCACAUUCUAUAGUCCUGGGGUACCUUCAGGACUCUGUGGGGACCCAGCCAACACAGCAGGAAGAGAUCAAAUUAUACGAUAUGGCAGAUGUGUGGGUGAAGAUCCAGGAUGUGCUGCAGAUGCUGUUGACUGAAUACUUGGAUAUGAAGAACACACGUACUGCGUCAGAGCCGUCAGCUCAACUAAGCUAUGCCAGUACUGGACGAGAGUUCGCAGCCUUUUUUGCCAAGAAGAAACCACAAAGGCCAAAGAAUUCUCUUUUCAAGUUUGAAUCAUCCUCCCAUGCUAUCAGUAUGAGCGCCUAUCUCCGAGAACAGAGAAGGGAGCUGUACAGUCGGAGUGGAGAACUUCAAGGAGGUCCUGAUGACAACUUAAUUGAAGGUGGAGGAACAAAAUUUGUCUGCAAACCUGGAGCCAGAAAUAUUACCGUCAUAUUCCAUCCACUGCUGAGAAAAACGUAAGGUGACCGAAUAGUUUACUCAUCCUCUUCAAAAGCAUCUACAGCAUGAAAGGUGAAGGCCCGUGAUGUGGAACUACACUGGAGGAAGCCUAAGCAAAUGUGGCAUCUGAAUUCAGUGUGGCCUCAAGAAUUGUGUCCUGGAGCAGAAAGAAAGCAGUAGCGGAACUGAGCGGUAGACGUGACAGUUUGCACUUCAGUUAACAGGGGUGCGCCUGCGUUAACCUCUGUCUUAGGAUUAAAUCAGGGGAAGCAUCUAUAAGCAUUUCUGCACAAUACUAGUAAUGGUGCAAUUAUUUCAAAAUAAUUUUUAAAAAUAAGGGUCUAUGUCAUACAUGUGUAUAGCAACAUUCAAAAGAAACAGUGUGUUGUGUAUAAUAUUCAUCUGUGUAUAAUUGUAAACAUUAUGUGACUUGUAUCAUCAAAACGCUCAAAAGGGCUGCAGAUCCCUCGCAGAGGAUGUGCACUGGUAUGAGAGAGGCCAUAGGUUCGGGUCUCAGUGUGCUGGAUAUGCCUAGCAGCGCUCAUGCCCUGUGCACACACACAUGCAGAGUCUGAAAAUCCUGAAGAAUCUUGGUUUGCAUUGUUGCUAUUUUAGAGAUUUUUUCUGGCAGAUGGAUUAUACAUUGCCUUUAAUUUGAUAUUUUUCUAAAAUAAUGUUUCCAUUCACCAUGAAGAAAUCAUAUCAAAAUGUCUGAAAUAGAAGGUUAUUAAAAUAUAUAAAUGUGCAAGUUUCACAAAUGGUAAAAUUGAGGUAGGAAAGUCAAAUACGUGUAUAAUGAUAAACAUAAAUGCUAUUAGCACACAUGAAAAUGUACAUAUUCCUGAACCACGUAAAUGUUUUAGACUUAUAUUUUUAGCACUUAUGAAUAUUACAUAUAUUAAUAUAUUAGAUCUUUGCAACUAUUUACAGCCUGUCUGUUUGAAAAGAAACCUUAAUUCUUACAUUAUAGAGACCAACAAGCGAUGGCAGCAGCACUUGUGUAUGUUACAUGAGGGGCAUAUGAAGCAAUGUCACUGUUGUGAGUUAUGUAUCAGCAAGUAGUUGUUAAGGCCUUUUUACAGCCACAUAAGGGUUCAGGUUCUCAGCUGGGUCCCGGAGCACAUUGUUAUUUUUCAAGCUGUGGAAGGAAAGGAUUUGGUACAAACAUGGCAAGAGGAUAUACGAAUUUCAUCUCUUGUGCAUAACAUUGAGCAAUGUUUUUCUAUAAACAACUUGGUGUGAAUAAUGGGGGUUCAUCUAAAAGACCUCAUUUCCCAUCUGAAUGUUGUGAGCACUGGCUCUUUUGAAUGUCAUCUCUCCUUGCUUAUUAUUAUCCCUGCCUUUCGUUGUUGGGCCUGGCUUCUCCAUGCUUUUCCAUGCUUCUCCAUGCUUCUCCAUGCUUCCCUAUGUGUUUACAUUACAUGCCUCAUUCCGGCUGACACAUUCUGUUAGUGUUAUCAGACAGAUUAGAAAGAGGGGAAUCACUAUGACUGCUGUUUCUCAUUCUUCCAGGUCAACAAGCUUACUUUCAAAGAUAGAAAUCCUUGAUUGCUGUGCUUGAGGCAGAAUUGAUCAAUAUCAAGUCUGUGGUUUAUUCUACAUUGGACUUGUUAAUUUAACUCACUGUGUACUGAUUUCAUAUGCAGUGGUGGGUCAUAGCUUGAUGUGUUUAUGUGUAUAAAUAAAUAACUGUUAAGAGUCUUGUAAUAAUAGAAUGAGUGGUUUAUAAUUUGAUUAUCUUAGCUAUUAUAACUAAUAUCUGUGGCUUUUGAAUCUUACGAAAAUAUGUUGUGAUGUUAUUCUUUCACUCAUGAUUAAUUAUUGCUGAAGUUUAAAUUUUUAUGAAAAUAAUUCCAGUAAUAGCUUGAUUCUAUAAUAUAUAUAACAUACAUCUAAAGACUUUGAAUCACAAUUUAAAAAUUAACAUUUUAAAUUUCAUUUCCAGUGAUUAGUAAUUUAAAGAGCACCAAAUCGCCUUCACCUUUUUAAAAUUGAAAAUAGAUUCCUGUCUCAUAUUGUAUAUCCAAACUUUUUCCCUUCCCCCCACUUUUGCUAAUUGCCCCCAACACACAUCUACUUUCUGCCAGAUCCACUUCCCCUCUGUUUACUCUUCAGAAAAGAAUAGGCCUCUAAGACAUGACAGCCAAACAGGAGAAAACAAUUUAAAAUAAGACAAGGCAAAAGCCCUAAUACCAUGGUGGCAUAAGGCAAUCCAACUGGAGAAAAAGUGUCUCAAGUGCAGGCAGAAGAGUCAGAGACACCCCUGUUCGUACUGUCAGGAGUCACACAAAAGCACCAAGCUCCGAGCCAUAACAUGUGCACAGAGGACCUAGGUGUAGUCCCAUGCAGGCCCAUGUUUGCCCUUUGUGUCCUGCUUAGUUGGACCAUGUUGUCAUCCAUUCGGACUCCUACAAUCUUUCCUCACUCUUCUGCAGGGUUCCAGAUUUCUGAGUGGAGGGACCCAAUGCAUACCUACAAUUUAAAUUCUCUUUGCAUAAUGUCUGGCUAUGGAUUCUGGACCUGUUCAAAUCUACUCCUAGAAGAAGCCUCUCUGAUCAUGACUGUAGAAAGGACUGGAAUAUAAAUAACUACAGCAGAAUAUUAUUAGAAAUCAUGUUCUUCUUUGUUUCUUCCUUUCUCUCUUUUUCUUUCUUUCUCUCUUUCUUUCCUUUGUUCAUUAUUUUUACCAGUCCUGUUUAUUUCUACCCAAUGAGCUCUCCAAGUCUCUAGUUUCUGGCCAACCAGGCAGUGUAGGGCAUGGGUUCCCCUCUGUGAUGGGCCUCAAGUUAAGUCAAGCAUUGGUUGUCCAAUCCCACAGAUGCCACCAUUUCCUUAGCACAUCUUGCAGGCAGGGCAGGUUAUAGGUAGAGGAUUUUGUGGCUGUGUUGGUGUCCAGGUUUCUCUUUCUACAACCAGCAGAGCAUCUUCUUGUGCCAAAGAGACUAGACUGUGAUAGGGGUGAACGCUCCAAACCUGCAUCAGCUCGACCUACCUACAUUCAGUGAGUUGUGUGCAAGUUAUUCUUGCCAAUGGGAACUGCCGUCAGUUUUCAGAGACUAACCUUCUAUCCUAGUAUCAGCCUGGGUUGUUUAAGGAUCUCUACUGGAACACUUGGAUCAACAAUUCAACCACAUAUAACCCAGUCCUACCACUGAAAGCCUUGUCUGGCUACAAAAGAUGGCCAGUUCAGACUCCACACUUUCCAUUAUUGGGAGUCCUCGCUAGAGUCACCCUCAUAGAUUCCAGGAAGUUAUUUUGCAUCAAACAGUUUUGGAGUGAUUUUUUAUGCAUCAGGAAAUACAUGGAACAUAUCAUAUGACAAGUUCUUGCAUAAAUAGAAAAGAACAUAAAAAGAAAGUCAAAUAAAUAGGGAAAAAUCAGCACUUAAUGAAAUAGAAGUUAAGAAAUGUCGAUAAUUGAAUGCAAAGUUUUAGAUCCCAGAAGCAUAAUAGAUCUCUAUUAGGGAAAGGAGAAUAAAGACAUAUCAUAAAGUACAUAUAUCUAUGCAACAGUCAGUUCAAAGGUAACACAUAAUUAAAUGCAGAGAGAAAGUACUAGUAAAGAACCAUGUUCCUGUUGGGGAUUUAGCUCAGUGGUAGAGCGCUUGCCUAGCAAGCACAAGGCCCUGGGUUCAGUCCCCAGCUCUGGGAAAAAAAAAAACAAACCACGUUCCUGAUCUGGUAUAGCUAAACAUUGGAAACACCCUUAACUGUUGUCAAUAGAAGCUUUUAUCAAUGUACUGUGGUAGACUGCAAUAGUAGAAGGCAAUUCAUCGUAUCUAGCAAUAGAAGUGAUGGACUAGAAGCUAUGGUUAUCAGUCUGAAUCAGUCUUCAAAUUUUAAUUAUUUUUAAUAUGUGUACUAUGUAUUUUUUAUGCUCCAGAGUCAAUGGUAGAAGUAUUAGAAGUUGAAGAGUAACCUGGGAUACAGAACAACAGACAGUCUUAAAGAAAAAUGGUUUUCACAUGCAAUCUGUAUUGGGUCAGACACGGAUCUCUGUUUUCUAUAGCUUAAGUCUUGUUUUUGUUGACAGGAGGUAUUUGCUUUCUCACCUCUUCAUGAAAGUGUUCAUAUUUGUAUUUGCUCUAAAUAUUUAAGAAGAGACCAAAGGAUUCUGUUUAUUUACAGGAGAAGCAGUUAUGUCCUUCUGUGAAUGCCCUGAAGCUGUGCUAAUCCCGCAUUUCCUUAGACGUAUUUUGUCAUGUUUCUACUUCAUGUCACCUCUUCCAUCUGCAGCCCAGUCUUUCUUCUUUUCUGUUAUUCCUCCAAAAAUUCCUGUUCUAAGUGAAGGAGCUUGGGGAAAACAGCCUUAAAGUUACAUUUUAAUCUCUAGCUCAGCAGCCCACACACUCAGCAUUUCUUGGAAGACAGUUGUCUGUAAAGGUGAUUGUUCAUGACCAUGGUGACCACUUUCUGCCUCCUGCUUUAAUAUCCAUCUAGUUUCUCCUCCAUCUCCUCUCUCUACACAUACAUAAUACAAAACUCUAGGGGUCUUGUGGACUAAUGUCAUUUACUAGUAUAAUAAUGAGAAAAAUGAAGGAAUUAUUAAGGCUAAGACUAUCCUUGACAGUUAUUAAAGCAUAAAGGAACUAAAUGCAUCAGGAGUCCUAAAGAUCUGCAUCCACCCUUCAGGAUAGUAGAUGGAAAAUUCUUCAAAGGAAAUGCCAGUGGUAAGAGAAAUUGAGAAAAAUCAUUGUCAGGAUUAUCGCUAAUUUCAGGCUAAAGUGUUAAGUUAUGGAGGCUGGUGGAUAAAUAAUGCAAUCAUAUAGCUGUGAUAUUGGUAGGAGCUGUGACAUUGCGUUUUAUACCAAUGUUGAUGAGUUGCUUGCUUUUCUAUCCAGAUUAAUAGUGAAUAGCUAUUAGUCUGCAUAUUGGAGGCUGCAGCCAAAAGAUGGUGAGUUCUAGGCCAUGCUAGGCUACAUAGUAAAACCAUUUAUAAGAAGAAAUAUGGUACAAGAGGAAUCAUUCCCCUUUCACAAAGACAAGUUUAUGCUAUGCUUUCAGGCUAUAAGAAGAAGGUGGAGCCCUUCGUAUGGAGGGCUCUUUUUGUAUCUGCUAAUUUUUAAUUGCCUACAACACAUAGAGCUUCUCAUGUGAUGGUGACCCAUUCUAUAGAAACGCAUUGAUAUUUUCCUCAUCCAAAAAAUAUGGCUUAUAGUGAUGUAACUACAUAAAUUAUCUUGAUAUUUGAGACAUAUAAAAUGAAAGGAAAAGGUAAAUGAGGACAUGGGCUAAGCACCAAUGGUAGAGCAUAUACUUAGCGUGCACAGUGGCCAUGGCUUCCAUUUCCCGAACCAUUUUUUUUUAAAUUCAGAUAACAUCCAACUGUCAAGUUAGUGUGAUCAUUAUAGAUGAGUCACAGAUAUGUCUUUGAACUUCCAGAUAGCAGCACAGAUCGAUAUAGAUAUCACUGUUAUAUUCCCUUAUACCUAUAAUAUAAAAUAAACGAUUUUCUCAAUCAUUGUAAUAACUUACAUAACAGUAAAUUACAUCUAGAGAUUUCGUGGAAAUGAUACUUUGUAAUGUAGUGAUAGGUGAAGUGGAAACAUGAGGGUUCUUGGAAAGUCAGUUACAUGGUGUUUUGCUGGGGCACACAUGAAGGAACGUUUUAUUAAAGUACAAUGAGAUGUGAAAGGCUAAGGCAGACUGUGAAGGAACAUUUUGCUGAAGGAGACACAAGAGAAAAGAUGUUCUGCUAAAGCAAGCACAUGAAAGGACAUGAAAUGAAAUAUUCUUUACUAAAGACAAACAUGUAUUCGUCUGCCUUACAUGGUGUGGUUGAGCUGCCUUUUUCAGGACUGUAUAAAGAGAAACUCACCAGUAAACUUCUGGUGCUGUGCUGCAGUUUGUUGUCCCUUCCAAGGCCUCAGACUGAGUGGAUGCACCUGCUGAGGCAAGACCUGCACUAAGGCAAGAGCCUUGCUGACGUAAGACACAAGGAGGACACGUGAUGUUUGGAGAGUAUGACUAGGACUCCAGUGAGAGAGAGUCAGAGCUUGGCUUGCUGGUACACCUAGCUGUGCAAUGCUUGUAGGUCUCACCUCUUUACUGAUAUUCUCAAGAACUUCUCCUGGUAUUCCUGCUGGUCCUUCCUGCUGACAGGAGCCAUGGCUAAGGGUUGGCUGUCUCUGCUCGGUGCUGUCACCACUGUUGCUCUCCUGACUACUGAACUGGACGGCUGGUGCAUUCAUGAGGUGUUUACCAGUGGAUCAAACUGCUGCUGCCUGCUAACCUGAGAACUGGACUGCAGAUUUCCAGACAACACAAACAGGAGUUGCUCCAAAGAACUCUAAACCGGUCCACUUCCACACCCACCCCCACUGAAAAUAGGAUUUAGAAAAAUUAAAGUUACAAACAAGCAUCUCAGCAAUGCACCAACAGUGCAACAGAACAGAAUGAACAGGAUUCUGAUGAAAAUGCUUACUGAGUAUCUGUGUAUACAGAAUAUGCUAGCCGCUUGGGGUGUGGAUUAGUAAACUAUGCAGACAUGAGCGAUGAUUAAACAUCCUGAUUUAAUAUAAUGGGGAUUCACAGGUAGUGAACAAAUAUGAAAGCAAAAAUUAAAGAAUAAGAAAAUACAAUAUAGGGCCAGCAAGUCGAGAGGGAAAGGAUAAAAAAAUAAUGGCCUCUCAAGAGGAUGGUCAGACAGGGUCUCCACAACAUAGAUAAGUUAGGGUUGAAUUUGGGAAGCGAUGCCUUUGCAAUGGUUACUAAGAAGUCUAUCUUAUUCGUCCUAAGUUUAGCAAUCGUUGUUCAGAGCACUGAGUUUAUCCCAAUAUGGCACUGGUGUGUGCUCUUUCAUUGUCUGCAUUAACAGCUCUUCCUCUUCCUCUCCUUGUAGAGUCACUAGUGUGUCUUAUUACUACUGUGAAUAAAAAUGUAGGCCUGUACCACGUGAGUGCUGGUCUGAGUGCUGUAGAUGCAUUGUUGUUUGCAGUUUGCUCCACCAUCUUAUGAUGCCAGCCUUGCUGAUGCCCUGGUGCUGUAAGCAGGAAAGCAAGUUUUCAGAAAUUUAGGUAGCAGUUCCUAACACAAUAGAAACUCACAUGGCCAUAUUUACAUAGGGCGUCUGAGUCUAGAAUCUAUACAUUCUCCUGAUUGGCAUGUGAAUUUCAGUCAUGAGAAAUGAGAGAUAAGAUGCUAUCUGUGUUCUAGGCACUGAGAACAAAGAAGAAGCCAUGUACUGUAGGUCAUUUACUGUAGAUUGAGUCCAUUCUGUUCCUUUAUAGAGAAGGACAAAGGAGGGGUUUUCUGUAAACAGAAAAUGAGUUUAGAAAGGCUCAGGAAAAAGUUGUCUUUGAUCUUGGCUCAGUGUAAAUGCCACGUCUGCACAGACCUAUCCAGGCUGCAGAGAUGAUGCUUGCCAGGAGUGUAGAGUAUGGCCCUGGACCAGCCUCCUGUGAACUUGUAGACAUGUAAGUAGCCGUCUCACCUGACUGUGGAAGCACAAAGUUAAAGGUGGCGCUCCGGAUGGCCUUUCCUUUAGUCUCUGUCCAUUUUUAGAGGAGCACUGUCAUAGAGGGAAGGGUAGGGGGUAAGGGGAGACUGAUAAGGGGUUGGUGAAGGGGUAACCUAGAAGGGGGAUAUGAUUUGAAUUGGAAAUGAAUAAAAUGAUUAAUAAAACAAUAAGGGUGUCAUCCCAGAGUGUCAUCCUCAGCCUUUGCACUUGAUUCUAGAUUUCUUCAAACAGCCAUUACAAAUGGUCCACGAGGGGAAAAUACCUGAGUUUUUCCCAAUAAUCAGAAUAUUUUGAUAUUAUGUCAGUUUCUUCCCCUUCCUCCCAAAGAAGCGUAGACACCCAGGCUGUCUUCCUCUGACCUGACCAUAUUUGCAAAGGGAACAGUUAAACGAUGGGUGCUUCAGUCAUCACUUUCCAUAGUUCUGCAGUGGAUUCAAGGACUGUGUGCAUGCUAGCCAAGUGCUUUCCCUCUGUGCAUCGUUCCUAGCCCUUUAUUUUGAGAAAAGAGUAGACUUCGAUGGUAUUGACUCACCAUUUUCUCAUCUCAAGCUCUUAGGAGUUGAAUUCCUUCCAAUUAGCCUCUCAGUGUGGAGAAGCUUGGUAUCAUUCAACGAUAAGUUGUCAUAAUAAAAUCACGAACUGUUUGCCAACAAGUUCGGGGAACUAAACCAUUAAUAUCUUGAAUCAGUCUGUGUUGAUAAUUGUGGCAGUGGUAGCAACUCUGCUUUAAGCAUUAUCAAGUGAUAUCUGUUGUGCUCUUAGCAUUUUAAAAGUUGAAAAUGGAACUUUAGAGCCAUCUAUGUUAUGCUUCUCUUAACAAUGAUAUUGCAUGAAUCAAAUCAUAUAAUAAUUAAAAACAUCUUUAUUAUUUUAUGUGAUGUGGCUAUUUGAGGCUUUGUGUAAAAUAAUACUAUUCUGUUACAUGAAAAUUGACAUGUAAGUAUACUCCAUAUGUCAUUUUCCUCCUAACAUACUCCCUCCCAAUUUUAUGUCCUCUGUGUGUCUGUGUGUGGGGUGUGGGGGUGGGUGGGUUUGGUCACAUGCUCACCAAAGAAUGAUUCCCCUUCACACAUUAAUUAUCCAUUCUCAAUAGCUACCUAGUAAGGGCUGUGGCCUGGAGAUGAUCUACCUAUUUGUGCAAGUAUAUUGUAUGGCUUGACUUUCUAUAGGUAGGCACUGGUAAACAUAGUGGUAAAUUGAUGUAUGCAAAAAACACGUCAUGUCCAGAACACAGCAUUUUAUAGCUCUGCUGCUCUCUCACCUCUGGGUCUUCCCUCCUUUCAUCUUUUUUUUCAGCAAUGUUCACUGUGUCUCGGUGGUAAUGGCCUUAAUAUAGGUGUCCCAUGCACAGCUCAGAGGCUAUUUUCAAUGCUUCUUAAGCCCUUAAAUAUAUAUACACAUAUACAUGUAUAUUGUAUAUAUACAAAGCACUCUCUCUCUCUCUCUGCACACAAUUGCUGACGAGCAACAUUUAAGGUGUGAUAUAGUUUAUAUCUGAACACUCAUGUUUGUAUUUACAUUUUAUCUUCUGUAUAUUUUGGACUUUGUUGCUAUUGCUAUCAGACUAUUACGGUGCAUGAUUCUUUAGCUGUUUCAAAACAACACAGCAAUCCCCCAAUCCUCUCUGUUCCAUUGUUGUGCUUUUCACAAUUUGCUUUUGUUUUGUGCGUUAUUAAACUCUGGAGCAACUAUGCCUUAGUUGUUAUCUAUUUGACAAACCUGUGCUAAGCACCAACCUAGCAUUAAGUGUAUCAGAAUUUCCUAGGGAACACUGCAAACAAUUCUUAGACUUUGACUUCUUCUCUAGUGAUUAUGAUACUAUAGGGUAAGGUUUGGGACAUAUUCACUAAACAUUUAUUUUGAUUUAAUGAAUAAAAUGUAUUAUUUUCCCCUGUGGUAGAGAGCAAAUGAUUUCACAUUACAUUGUGAGUGAUAGAUUUAUUGUAACCCUUGAAAGACUAAAGUAUGAGGAAGUAAAUAGCUCGCUGAAGCCAUACAGAUUGCUCCUUACAUUUUGUCUGACACCGUGGUCAUUUGUUUCAAUCCUGUAUACUUUUCAAUAAACUACCAUUGCUAAAGUGUCUUCCACAGGAGGUUAUUGUUCUCACAAAAUGGAACUGGACUCAUGGUCUAGAGAGGGAAGAUGGAUUUUGAGAAAACAUUGGCCCUAAAAGUUACAUGGUUAGGUUUUCUUUUUGUAGUUUAACACUAGGAUUUUCUUAAGUAAAGUAUAAUAACAUGCACACUGACAGGGUGAUUAGCAUAACUUACAUUAUGUUUUACAUCAUUUUUCCACAGUUUUAUGUAAGCAAAACUGUUCUUUAAGUUUACUCUGAUUUUUCUCUGUCUGGCCCCUUUUAAUAAACACAAAAUUUGGAGAAGACUUGUUUUGUUGGAUGUUGAGUCAAAUUCGUUAAUCCAAAGUCAUGUUUACCUUGCUUGAAAACAAAAGAAAGUGAAAUGAUACUGUUUGUUGGUGCUUUCCCAAAUUUGAUGUUCAUUUGCUUCACAGGCUUUGACAAAUUCUAAAAUUUCGUGAAUUUGUGCCAACUCACCCAUUAGUAAAAGGGUCUUCUGGGAAGACACAUAGUCAGUUACUUAGUUUUGGACUUAAUGGCUUUGCACUAAAAUCUGCUUUGCUAACACACCUCGUUCCAAAUGUGUGUGUCAGAUCAUUUGGGUAGCAACAGUCUAUAUUCAGUUGUUUUGCUGAAGUUAUGUUUUUAUUGCAUGAAGUAAGGUGAAGUGACAAUUAUUUUUCAUAUGGAGAUAUGAAUAUCAAAUCUGUUCCAAGAAAGAUUGCAGAGCUUACUUGGGCAUUUGUGUUGUGUCAGCUAAAGAGGAAAGAAGCCCUUUGCUGAUAUUAAAUAUUAACUUAAUAGUGUUCAUAUUUAAGAAAUUGAAUAUGAUCAAAUCUUAAGCUUCCCUGAAUUAAAGUUUAAUGAUGAAAGGGCGUUUGGAGUAGUUAAGUUUUAUUUGAGAUAGGAACUCAGAAAAUAGGAAUACUUGCUGCUCUUGCAAAGGGCACAGGUUCAGGUCUAGACACCCAUAUGUGGUAUUCAAAACCAACUAAGAAUCCAGUUCCAGUACCAUGUCCACUCUGGCCUCCGUGGGUACAUGCAGUGGUUAGGGAGAGAAGCAGGUAUACACAUAUAAAUAUAAAUAUUAAGAAGAAAAUUUAGAACCUUCUAAAUCAUCUUAUAACUUUCUUCUCUGGUGAAAUGUCGCGCGCCUAAUGUCCCGCCAGUAAGAAUGACGCGCGGCAACAGGAUUCUUCUGCGAGCAAGCCUUUACCGUGUUACAGCUCUUCUUAGUGUUACAGCUCUCUUAGUGUUACAGCUCUCUUGAACAGGGACCCCGAGCAGCAAAGUCGCUCGGCUUAUAUAGACAACAGUAUGCUAAUUAUCUCUCAGGGAUUGGUGGGGCUUGGAUCACCCCACUACUUGUCCUCCAUGGAUUGGCGGAGAAUGAAUCACCUCAUUAGCAUAUUAACGGUCAACUAACACCUGGUGCAUAAACCGCACAUGUGCAGUACCGCUGUUCACCACGAGAGGGAGCCCUAGCAAGGGGACAAGCCUGCACAUGCGCAGUAAGUCGUUUAUAUCCAGACAAGGCUGGAUGUCGGCGCCAUCUUUGUUUCGCCGCGCCGCUCUCUACAGUGAAAUAAACAGAAAUAAUGGAUUUGAGUAUCAGAAUACAGAGAGAUACAUCAAUGAACCAUAAAUAUCAUCUUGAAUUUAUAGGCAUUCCACCAAAAGGUUAAAAAUUCCUAGAGUCUUCAUUGCAAAUUUUCAUUUCCUCUUGAGUAAUUUAAAGUCAGCUGUACUCCUAGAUUUUAGAAAUUUCAAAUAGAUGUAUUUAAAACCAUUCCUUGCAUAGUUCAACAUGUGGGCCAUAAUGAUCUGAAUUAGAUCUAAGCUGAUAUAAUUGGCCUUUCACUAGUUUGUACAUGAACUUUUUCUCCAGUUAUUUGAAUUAAUAUUAUCACUUUUAAGGCCACUGUGUAUGUGUUCAUAUACAAAUCUGUCUCUUUGUGUAAAACAGUGUAUGUCUUAUUUUCUUACCUUCAGUAUGAAUCAAUUAUUUAAGUGGAAUCAAGCAGUUAAGCAGUCACAUCAUAUGUCUGCCUUGACCUCAUAAAUUAUAAAUUAGAUUUGCCAGUGACAUUGCACUCCGCUAAGGAAUUAUACACAUGUAUAUAUGCAUAUCUACUGUUACUGGAUAGGGCAAGGUAAAUAAUUGGGAACGGUUAUAGGAUUUGUCAGAAUAAUACAAUGAUUAAAUCAUAGGUCAUUUGACAGCCUCUCCAAUAAUUGUUGCUUCUUUAUUAUAAAAGUAAAAUUGAAACACAAAAUUGAAAAAUAAGGCAUCUAUCUAUACAUGUGUAAGUAGUAGCACAGGAUAUAUACCCAAAGAACUUAAUUUGUCAGGAGAAACUAUAGUUUUGAAGUUCAAAAUAUGUAGAAGGGCAAGAGAAAGCCUGGGACGUGCUGAUUCCUUCGUAGCCUGGGAAAGAACGGCUUGCCUGUCCAGCUCACAGGAGCCUGCUGAAGUUAGACGCCGCCUUAGCCCCAGCACUUCCUACUAAGGGGAUAGUGUAGGGUGGAUUGCUAUGACUUAAGCUCUUCUGAGGAAUGAUUCCUGAUUGGUUAAUUUUCCCAAUUAAUGUUAAUGUGACAUAAGCUUAUGAAGAUGUCUUUGUAACUCAGACUGCCAUUGCAAACUGCAUCAGACUGGGUGACUGCAGAAACUAUUCCUUAAAUCCCUGGAGGCCCAAAGGCUCAGAUCCCGGUACCAGCAUUGUCAGGAAAUGGUGAUGACCCGAUUUCUGGCUUGCUCGUGUAGUUCGUGGUGCAGGAGGUGGAAGAGGAAGAGAAAGAAGAGAUGGCAAAGGUGAGAGGAAAGUGCUUACCUGGCUGUCUCCUAAGGAAAUGCCACCUGUGUGACAGCCUAUAAGACUCCCAAAGCCCCACUCAUAAUACUGCAACACUGGGGAUCAGGUCUUCAACCAGUGCAUUGGUAAGGGAAAUGCAAACACUCAGACUAGGAUUUCUAAACUGCUUUCAUACAUCAAGUGUCACUGUCUCUAGCCAAGUAAAACAGAGUCCAUACCAUGUUUAUUUAUGUUUACAUUAAAUAUUUUUCUUUCUGUGUCCCUUACCAAAAAAAAAAAAAAAAAGGUCCUGCUCCUGGUAACUUGGAGCACAUGGUGAACUACCAGGAGCAUUGGAGCAUUGAAGGAUUUAUAUGGAUGCUUUUUACUCUUGAAAAAAACUGUAUAAGCAUAUAGUUGUCAUAUGUUGAGAAAAUGACGUAAACUUUUAUUUUCCCUUGUUUUAUUUUGGGGCAUGGGAGGGUACCAUGCCACAGCAGGAUGGAAGCCAGAGGAUGGAUUGUGGGAAAGGAUCCUUCCCAUCUACUAUGUGGAUUACGGGGAUCAAACUCUGGUCAUCAGCCUUGACUGUAACAAGCUUACCCGCAGAGCCUUCUCACUGACUCUAAAGUUACACCUUCUAGGAGCCUUUUAGGGUCAAUUGCUGCUCUUGUUUACUUAGUUUACUGCACUGGCUAGUUUCUUAUGUCAACUUGAUACAAGCUGGAGUUAUCGCAGAAAAGGAGCCUCAGCUGUGGAAAUGCCUCCAUGAGCCCCAGCUGUAAGGCAUUUUCUCAACUAGUGAUCAAGGAGGGAGGACCCAGCACAUUGUGGGUCUUGCCAUCCCUGGGCUGGUGGUCUUGGGUUCUAUAAAAGAGCAAGCUGAGCAAGCCAGGGGAAGCAAGCCAGUAAGAAGCAUCCCUCCGUGGCCUCUGUGUCAGCUCCUGCUUCCUGACCUGCUGGAGUUCCAGUCCUGACUUCCUUUGGUGAUGAAACAGCAAUGUGGAAGUGUGAGCUGAAUAAACCCUUUCCUCUCCGACGUGCUUCUUGGUCAUGAUGUUUGUGCAGGAAUAGAAACCCUGACUAAGCAUUUACCAAGCUGAAGAUAGAACGAGAGGCCCUUAGCACUCUGGGUGAGCACACUGUGACUGAACCAUGCCCCAGGCUCUCUUUAUAGUUGGUAACACUGACAAGUUGUUUUUGUUCUUGGGUUUUUGUUGUUGUUGUUGUUGUUUUUUUUUUUUUCUUUCUUUGUGAGGGGCUUAACUAGUCUUAUCUGAUUUGUUUCAUUGAAUUUUAGUGUAUGUGCUGCUGGUACAAGUACAAAAGAUGGUAAAUAGAAGCAGAGGAAUCAACAUUUCCUAAUUUUAAAGUGAUUUGUGGUGCUGUGAGUCUAACACAGGCCUCUGUUCACUAGCCAUGCUCAGCCACAGGGCUACACUUCCAUUCCUGCAAGUGGUCAUUUCUGACAUACAUUUGGUGAUACCAUAUUUGCUUCUGAUGAAUUUGAGUUCCUGCAACUUGAAAUCCUAUAUAUAUAGUGAUAAUACAUUAUAUCUUCAAUAUGGAAUGAUACCUGUCCCUCAGUUUUUUUGAUGCUUUGUGCUGUCUAUUAUUUAUAAAGUACCAUUUUUAAAUCCCCAAUGUGUUAACUAAUGAGCCAUCAGAUUCAGAAUCGUUCUGAAGUUGAAUCAAGACUCUGAAGAAUCAUGCUUCUUAUUAGAUGUAGAUAUAUUGACGUUUUUACACAGUGGCAUGGAAUAUAACCACUUAGAAUAAGAGAAUCAGUGAAAAGGAAGGACAUGUGGCCAAGAGGAAACACGGGGGUCCUGUAUAUGAAGCUCUCUUCCUAAACUAAAGUAAACGAAGUUAGAGGCUUUUAUCCUGAUAAGCCCUUGCUGCGUUUGUACUAUUGUGUCUAAAAAACCACACGCUCCAGCUGGCAGAUGGAGAGUGCUGUGUUUUGAAUGCCCGUGUGAAAUUCACCUGAAGCUAGGGUGGAAGUUCAGUGCAGUGGCACAUGCCUGUGGCAUUCACUCAGUUCAUCCACAGAACCACAGUGAACAUGGAAAACAGAAACAAACAUGAAGACACUGGGUCCUCAUAAGUUGCUUAAGGUUACAUAGCCAAUUAGAAAGCACAAAAAGGCAGAUCCUGCAUAUGGUCUACCAUGGGAUCUCAUGGGUGUGUGGCAACCUCUUGCGGCCACUAGCUUUAUAAAAAAAAAUUUCUAAGGGUAGUGCUCAAUGUGCUUGAAAAGUGCUUGGGUUGUUUGUUGGUUUGGUUUGGUUUGUUUGGGGGUUUUUGCCUCUUUGUUUUCGAGAGCAGUCAUUCUAUUGGAUUGGGGUGGUGAUACUUUUUUUUUUUUUUUUUUCUGGAGCUGAGGACCGAACCCAGAGCCUUGUGCUUGCUAGGCAAGCGCUCUACCACUGAGCUAAAUCCCCAACCCCGGGGUGGUGAUACUUUGAAAAGGAAUUAGAUCUGCUGUGCUUAGUGUGUUCUCUGAUUAGAGAACUUUCUUCCCUCAGUAUCAGCAGGAAGGGUUCUCAUGGAUGCCCUUUCAGUAGGGUGACUCUGAUAAGCCACUUCCUGUAAUUGUACCAUCCACACAGGAGCAAAAGAUGGCUGAUUUUAAGUAGGCACUGUCCAAAAAGGCUGACCCUGGCAGAGGUGCUAUAGAGUGUAUAGAUUUUCUGAAGAAGUGGAACAUGGGAGAUGACAUCAAGAAGGAAUAAAAGAUUCUUUUACACAGUAAUCAAGACAGUUGUGCACAUUAUUUAUCAAGUGUAGUGAACAUUCUGUAAGCUGAUAAUCAGCUGUAGUCGUCAGCAGGCUGUGCCCCAAAAGGUUAGGAUUUUAGCUACCUUAUUUCUUAUUAAAUUAAUGUUAGUGUUCCUGUAGUCUACAGAUGGUCCCUUAAUCAGACUUAAUAAUAUGAUGCUUCUGUGCCCUCUGGUUAGUCUGCCUAAGGGUUAUCCUAUCAUUUUGAUUUUCUCAAAGAACCAGCUCCUGGUUUUGUUGAUUCUUUGUAUGUUUUUUUUUGUUUGUUUGUUUGUUUGUUUCUAAUUGGUUGAUUUCUGCCCUGAGUUUGAUUAUUUCCUGCCUUCUACUUCUCUUGUGUGUAUUUUCUUCUUUUUUUUUCUAGCGCUUUGAGUUAUGCUGUCAAGCUGUUAGUGUAUGCUCUCUCCAGUUUCUGUUUGGAGACACUCAGAGGUACGAGUUUUCCUCUUAGCACAGCUUUCUUUGUAUUCCAUAAGUUUGGGCAUGUUGUGCCUUCAUUUUCAUUAAAUUCUAAAAAGUAUUUAAUUCCUUCAUAUCUUCCUUGACCAAGUUAUCACUGAGCAGAAACCAAGAUAUUCCAUGACAAAACCAAAUUUACGAAAUAUCUUUCCACAAAGCCAUCCCUACAAAGGAUAAUAGAUGGAAAACUCCAACUGGAGAAGGGAAGAAACUAUACCCUAGAAAAAGCAAGAAAGUAAUCUUCUUGCAACAAACUCAAAAGGAGAAGGGCAAACAAACAUAAUUCCACCUCUAAUAACAAAUUUAACAGGAAGCAACAGUUACUUUUCCUUAAUAUCUCUUAACAAUAAUGGACUCAAUUCCCUGAUAAAAAGACAUACACUAACAGACUGGAUAUGCAAACACAACCCAGCAUUUUGCUGUAUAUAGGAAAUGCACCUCAGUGACAAAGACUGGCAUUACCUGAGAGUAAAAGAUUGGAAAAAAUAUUUCCAACCAAAUGGUCCCAAGGACCAAGCUGGAAUAGACAUUCUAAUAUCCAAUAAAGUAGAUUUUCAACCAAAAGUUAUCAAAAAAGAUAAGGAAGUACACUUUAUUCUCAUUAAAGGAAAACUUUACCAAGAUGAACUUUCAAUUCUGAAUAUCUGUGCUCCAAAUGCAAGGGCACCCACAUUCAUCAAAGAAACUUUAAUAAAACUCAAAGCACACAUUGCACGUCACACAAUAAAAGUGGGAGAUUUCAACACCACACUCACAUCAAUGGACAGAUCAUGGAAACAGAAACUAAACAGAGACACAGUGAAGCUAACAGAAGUUAUGAACCAAAUGGAUUUAACAGAUAUCUAUUUAUUUCAUCCUAAAAGAAAAGAAUAUACCUUCUUCUCAGCACCUCAUGGUACCCUUUUCCAAAAUUGGUCAUACAAUCAGUCAUACAUCAGACUUCAACAGAUACAAGAAGAAUAAAAUAAUCCCAUGCAUCCUAUCAGAUCACCACGGACUAAGGCUGGUCUUUAAUAAUGACAAAAACAACAGAAAGCCCACAUACACAUGGAAGCUGAACAACGCUCUACUCAAGGACGACUUAUGCAUUUCAUAAUAUAAGCAUGGUUGUAAUUGGCCUUUUAGAGCAGAGCAUUUGGGAAGAGUCUGUCGUGGAUUUUGCUUUCAUUGCUGGAUGUGUGGUUUCCCCUUUUGUAGAUGGAUCAUCUCCUCUUCAACCGCCUCUGCAUCUAAUCUCUCAGGCUUUUCCCAGUGUCUUGGAUCUGACCCACAGCCCUGAGGCAGAGCAGUGUUUUUGGCUCAUGUUGCAGAAGGGAAUCACACGGUGGUAACACGGUUGAGAUGUGGAAAGUAGUUGGGACAGGGAUUGCAGAUGUGCAGUGCUAUAGGAUAUACCCUGAGCAAGAGCCCCCAGCUGUUUACAUGUGCAGUCUGAGACAAGGAAGCUCUUCUGGGGCACCUGCUGCAUGUUUCUUUUUCACUUUGUUUUGCUUUCACAUCGAACCAUGUCAUGUAUGAGGCUUUCUUUAACAGCUAGUGAAACAAAAAGAAGGAAAAGAAAAAGCAAUCAGUAUCAGGUACAGGUAUUAUCAGACAUGUUACGAAAUGAACCAGAGGACAGAUAAAUUAAACAUACUACUGGUAGAACUGAAUCCAGGGGCUGAGGGGACCAUAUGCCACAUCGUCUGCAUUCAAGAAGAGCAAUAGAAAAUGAACUGUAUCAUUUUUUACUGACUUGUUCUGUCAGUGAUUGAGGCAUUUCAGCAUACAACUGGGAAAAUAAUAGGUUACUUUCACAAUGGUAGAAGUUUAACAAAUGCUCAAUCACUCACCCUGCAUCAGCGCUGUCAUUGGUGAGAGCUUUGCCGUAUGAUAUUGAUGCCUUUCUUCUUUCUUAUUGCUGUAUUCUUUGCAGAUUCAAUCUGUCUGCAAUGGGCCACUAAACAUUUCAAUUUGCUACCUGUAGAGGUGGACUGCAAUGCUGAAACUGAAAUGAGAGAGAAAUGGAUUUAGUGGAACUCAAAAGAGGGUUUCAUGGAUUUUUAUACAAGGAUGCACAAACUGAAACACACUGAUAAGAUACACAAGAUCACUUUUGAAUGUGUCAUAAAAGUACAUAAGCAAUUCAGGGAUAUUUAUAGGGAAAAUAGACCCAGCUGGGUACUGAUAAGACCCCUUACAUUUGCAGGAACUGAGACCGUGUCAGCUGGGUUAUACAGACCUAUACUUAGAGCCAUUAUAAUAGCCUGGCAUACUUGUAAAACUAUGCUUACUCACGUGUUCUGCAGUGAGCUGAUCUAGGAAAGAAUGGGAGAAAGUUAAAUGUUGUUGACCAUGCCCAAGCAUUUAGUCUUUUCAGCAGUCAUUUUUGGAUCUGCUAGCUGGAGAGAGGAGCCACUUCCUUAGGGGGGCCUCUUAUUGUUGUCAUUUUCUCUAACUACUGCCUAAGCUUCUGUAACUAAACAUGGAUCUCACAUCUUAACAUUCUUCCCUGUUUCCUUCUGUAUGCUCUUUUGGACUAUGUUACUCUCUACUCAGUAUCUAGGUAUUCCAAAAGUCUCCUUACUCAGCCUAAAUCUGAGCUAUAUAAUCAGACUCAUUAAAAAUUAAACCCUUAAAACAUAUCAAAGCACCACAUUGAAAUGUCCAUUGCAUCCACUAGAAUGACCAAGAUCAAGCUUGGAAAAUGGCUAACAUUGAAAUCAUCUGAUGUAAAUGCAGAAUCAUUUGGGGGUAAAAAUUUAAACAUGGACUUGGCGUAUAACUUUAUAUUUCUAUUCCUAUGUAUAUUUACCAAAAAUAAACAGAAUGGGAGAUCCAGAAAAGUACAUCUCCACACAGGUCUCUAAUAGCAAUAUUCAUAGUAACAAAAAGUAGCCAAAGAUCCAUCAAGAGAUAUAUGGAUAAAUUAACAUCAAACUAAAGGGAGAGAAGCUUGAAGCAAUCCCACUAAAAUCAGGGACUAGACAAGGCUGUUCACUUUCUCCCUACUUAUUCAAUAUAGUACUCAAAGUCCUAGCCAGAGCAAUCAGACAACAGAAGGAGAUCAAAAGAAUACAAAUUGGUAAGAACAAGUCAAAAUAUUACUAUUUGCAGAUGAUAUGUACUUAAGUGACCCCAAAAAUUCCACCAGAGAACUAAACCUGAUAAACAAUUCAGCAAAUUGGCUGGAUAUAAACUUAACUCAAACAAAUCAGUAGCCUUCCUCUACUCAAAGGAUAAACAGGCUGAGAAAAAAAUUAGGGAAAGACAUCUUUCACAAUAGUCACAAAUAAUAUAAAAUACCUUGGUGCGACUCUAACCAAGUAAGGGAAAGGUCUGUAUGGCCUAAACUUCAAGUCUCUGAAGAAAGAAAUCAAAGAUCUCAGAAGAUGGAAAGACUUCCCAUGCUCAUGGAUUACCAGGAUGAAUAUAGUAAAAAUGGUCAUCUUGUUGUAAGCAAUCUAUAGUUUCAAUACACUCCCCAUCAAAAUUCCAACUCAAUUCUUCAUAAAGUUAGAAAGAGCAAUUUUCAAAUUCAUUUGGAAAAAAAUACCCAGCAUAUCGAAAACUAUUCUCAACAAUAAAGCAGCUGCCCUGAAGGUGUAUACAGAGCAAUAGUGAUAAAAACUAUGGUAUUGGCACACAGACAGGCAGGUAGGUCAAUGGAAUAGAAUUGAAGACCCAGAAAUGAACCCUCACACCUAUGGUCACUUGAUCUUUGAUAAAAGAACUAAAACCAUCCAGUGGAAAGAAGACAGCAUUUUCAACAAAUGGUGCUGGUUCAACUGGAGGUCAGCAUGUAGAAGAAUGCAAAUUGAUCCAUUCUUAUUGCCUUGUACAAAGCUCAAGUCCAAGUGAAUCAAGGACCUCCACAUCAAACCAGAUACAUUCAAACUAAUAGAAGAUAAAGUGGGGAAGUGCCUCGAACACACGAGCACUGGGGGAAAUUUCCUAAACAAAACACCAGUGGCUUAUGCUCUAAGAUCAGGAAUCGACAAAUGGACCUCAUAAAAUUGCAAAGCUUCUGUAAGGCAAAGGACACUGUCAAUAGGACAAAAUGGCAGCCAACACAGAUUGGGAAAAGAUCUUUACCAAUCCUACAUCCAAUAGAGGGUUAAUAUCCAAUAUAUACAAAGAACUCAAGAGGUUCGAAGCCAAAUAACCCUUUAAAAAAUGGGGUAUACAGCUAAACAAAGAAUUCUCAACUGAGUAAUAUCGAAUGGCUGAGGAGCAUCUAAAGAAAUAUUCAACAUUCUUAGUCUCAGGGAAAUGCAAAUCAAAACAAUCCUGAGAUUACACCUCACACCACUCAGAAUGGGUAAAAGAAAAAACAAGAAGAAUGAGGAACACUACUCCAUUGUUGGUGCGACUCCAAGCUGGUAUAACCACUCUGGAAACCAGUCUCUAGGUUCCUCAGAAAAUUGUACAUAAUACUACCUGAGGAUCCAGGUAUGCCACUCCUGGGCAUAUACCCAAAAGAUGCUCCAUCAUAUAACAAGGACACCUGCUCCACUAUGUUCAUAGCAGCCUUAUUUGUAAUAGCCAGAAGCUGGGAAGAACUCAGAUGUCUUUCUACAGAUGAAUGGAUACAGAAAGUGUGGUACAUUUAUACAAUGGAAUACUACUCAGCUUUAAAAACAAUGACUUCCUAAAAUUCAUAGGCAAAUGGGUGGAACUAGAAAAUAUCCUGAGUGAGGUAACCAAUUCACAAAAGAACACACAAGAUACACACUCACUGAUAAGUGUAUAUUGGCCCAAAAGCUUGAAGUACCCAACAUACAAUUUCCAGACCACAGGAAGCUUAAGAAGAAGAAAGUCAAAAGUAUGGAUGCUUCAGUACUUCUUAGAAGGAGGAACAAAAUUAUUUACUGGAGGAAAUAUGGAAACAAAGUGUCAAGCAGAGACAGAAGGAAAGUCAUCCCAGAGACUGCCACACAUGUGGAUCCAUCCCACAUGCAGUCACCAAACCCAGUCACUAUUGGGAAUGCCAAGAGGAGCCUGAUAUAGCUGUCUCCUGAGAGGCCCUGGCACAGCCUAAUAAAUACAGAAGUGGUUCCUUGCAGUGAACCAUUGGAUUAAGAACGUGGUCCCCAAUGAAUGAUUUGGAGAAUGGACUGAGGUAACUGAGCUGGUUUGCAACACCAUAGGAAGAACAACAAUAUCAACCAACCAGAGCCCCCAGAGAUCCCAGGAACUAAACCACCAAUCAAAGAGAAACAGGGACGGACCCAUGGCUCCAGCUGCAUCUGUAGCAGUAGAUGGGCCUUUUUGGGCAUCAAUGGGAGGAGAGGCCCUUGGCUUUGUGAAGGCUUGAUGCUCCAGUGUAGAGGAAUGCCAGGGUGGGGAAGUGGGAGGGAGUGGGUGGUUGGGUGGGUUGGCAAGCACACUAAUGGAGGUUGGGGGAUGGAAUAGGGUAUUUCUGGAGGGGGAAACCAGGAAAGGGGAUAACUUUUGAAAUGUAAAUAAAGAAUAUUUCCAAUAAAAAAAGAAAGGCAAAAAGAAGGUAUAAACAUAAAUUACUGGCAGUUCCAUAUAAUGGAAUAUUAUCCCACCAUAAAAGAGAAUGAGCUGCUCAAAACUUCCAAAAUAUUAUUCUUGACUAAGUUAGAGAGGCCAGGCUUAAUAGUUAUAUAUUAUAUAAUGUAAUUUAUAUGAAAUAUUUCUAGUACAUUUAUGCUCAGUAUUAGAAUACAGAUUUUUGUUCUUGUUCACACUAAUAGGGGAAGGGGAGAAUUGAAAGUAAUUGCCUAUUGGAUUAGAGGUUUUACUUUGGAAUGAAGGAAAUAUUUGGAAUGACAAGUAAUCAGCAUAUUGUGGGAAUGUCGUAAAUGUCCUUGAACUUGCAUUGUGAUGUGAGUAAUUCUUUAUGUAAACUUUUCCUAAAUAAAUCAUGUUUCUAAGAAAAAGUAGGUGACAGGUGUUAUCCAGGAAAUGGUAAAUCAAAAUGUCGUUACUAAAGACAAACACUCCUAGGUAGUUGUUCAUCGUGGCUGGUCUCUCUCUCUCUCUCUCUCUCUCUCUCUCUCUCUCUCUCUCUCUCUUUUUUUUUUUUUUUUUUUAGUGCUAGCAUUCUGGAGGAAGACUUAAGAGUGCAUAAUACUAACAUCUCUUCUUGAUCUACAGAGUUGACUAAUUGAAAGAGUAGUAAAUGGUAAAGGCAGUAAGUGCCCUGAUCUUUACUUACAACAGAUGUGACUUUGACUGAAAGGACAGCUAUAUUUCCCCACCCAUGCCCAUGGGCCCUUAUCAUGGUUACUUUUGUCACUGGAAGUAUUAUUUAAUGAGAACUUCUCGUUCUAGAGAGAUUGUGUUAAUCUUUGAAACUGUAACUGUGGCACGGUAGGCAUAAUAUACCCUUCAUUAAAUUUUGUUUCUAAUAAAGGAGAAAGAUUCAAAACAAACAAAACAUUACAACCCCCAAACAAACUACACAUAAAUAGACAACACAAACAUAUCAAGCACCUCAAUAAGAACUAUGUUAGAAAUUAAUACAAAGAUGAAAUCUGAAAGCAUAGGAAGGCUUGCUUUUGUUCCACUAGAUAGAAUACACAGAACCUUGGACUGGGAAGUUGACCACCUUCAAACCUCUGAUACAAAGUGCCAUGACUAGUUAAAUUUCUUAAAAGGACACAUUUCCUUUAUGUGGUGGUUCUCAGCCUUCCUAAUACUAUGACCCUUUAAUACAGUGUUCAUAACCCCAACUAUAAAAUUAUUUUUGUUGCUAUACUUCAUAACUAUAAUUUUGCUACUGUUAUAAAUAAUAGUUAAAGAUUUUUCUAAGACAGAGGUUUGUCAACAGGGUUAUGACCUACAGUUGAGAACCACUAUCUUAAUGUUUGAACUUUUCCUGGUUAACUACACUAUGUGCUUAUUACAUGUAUUCCUAAGCAUUUACUUAGAAAAAUUAAUUAUCCAUUCCUUUUUGUCAUUUGUUUGUGGUGCGGACUUCAUACAGCCCAGGAUGGUUUUGAACUUACUAUGCAGCCAAAGAUGACAUGAAUCUCCUGAUGCUCUUGCCUCCACUUGGGAAAAAGCUGGCAUUGUAGGAGUGGACUACCACACUUGACUUUAUGCAGUCCUAGAGAUCAGCCCAGGACUUUCUUCACAAUAACUGAGCAUUCUUUUAACUGAGUUGCACCCCUACGUCCCAGAAUUUACUUUCUCCAUACCAAUCCAUUGCUCUCUCACCAGCUGCACUAUAUCUAGUCAGGCAAUUUGUUUGAUGGUUGGUAUAUGGCCUUUGUGUUUCUUUAAUCACUACAUUUUAUUACCCCUUUCUGCUAGGAUGAUACAGGCGUUUCUGGUAUACUGUCUGAUUAUGCCAGCUCUUCCCUACUUUUGACUCCAUGUUUCUGGAGGUUGGCUUGUCUGAUUUCUGUUCCCAUCCUGUUGAAGUUGUCACUCUGCCUUCAUUCUUGUUUACUCUGCUUUCUCACAUCUCUGUCAGCCACUCUUCUAUCCUCCUGUCCUCUUGUCUUAGUCUUUCCUGAGCCCUGCCUGUCUUCAACAUCUGUGUCCACCCUAUUCUUGUUAGGGUUUGUGUGUGUGUGUGUGUGUGUGUGUGUGUGUGUGUGUGUGUGUGUGUGUGUGUGUGUUUGCUUAGUUGUUUUGUUUUCAUUUUUUAGAGACAAAAUGUUGUUGUGUAGCCCAAACAGACAUAGAAUUUACCAUAUAUUCUGGGCUGGUCUUGAACUCUUAGCAUCCCUCCUGCCUUUUUCUCCCUGCAUAAGACCAUGAAGUUGACUUUUCCUGCUUACUUUAAUUCUGACUUCAGGAAGCAUAUUUCUUUAUCAGGAAGUUUCUGUCAGGUAGACGUAUUAUUCUUGUUCCAAUGGGAAAACCAUUUAAAGGUAGUGCUGAGUCAUCAAAUCAAUCAGCUUUGCCUCAGGAGUGCGCCUAAUAUAUUUUGCCACAAGCAAGAUUUUUUUUUUACCCAUUUCUGAAAAAUAUUAAAGUCAGUAAUCUCAGCGCUCAGGAGAUUGGCAGAAGUGCUGCAGGCUGGAGCCCACCUGGACUUGUGUACGAAUGAAAUUUAAUGAAUGUUUUCAGUUCUCAUUGGCUAUUUUUUGCAGUGCUACCCUCAAGACAUUUGUUAUAGCCUGCUACAUGUUGAAUAUUCCUCUAGAUGAUAUAUAUUCAAUGAUGUGGUGUUCAGUCAAAAAACUAUAUGGUAAGUUCUGCUAUAUAAAGUGUACACUUCUAUUACUAGACAAAUUUACCAAAAAGAAUCAGAAUGGGAGGUCCAAAAGUGUAUAUCUGCACACAGAUUUCUAAUAGCAAUAACCAGGGUUGGGGAUUUAGCUCAGCGGUAGAGCGCUUGCCUAGCAGGCGCAAGGCCCUGGGUUCGAUCCCCAGCUCCAGAAAAAACUAAAAAAAAAAAAAAAAAACUAAAUCUAAUAGCAAUAACCAUAUUAGCUAAAAUUAGCUUGAAGAUCUAUCAACAGAUACACAGAAAAAUUAAUGCUGUAUUCAUAUAAUGAAAUAGCAUUCCACCAUGAAAGGUGGUGGAAAAGUUGACAGGAGAUUUGUAUUCAUGGAGUUGUCAAUAUUGUAACAGAAAUGAUCUUAAAAGCCUAAUGCAAGAGCUUGUUACAGAAUUCAUGGGAGAGUAUCUGGGCAAAGGGACCCUGUUUACACACACAGAUUUACAAAAACACUGAAAGCAACAAACACUGCUUUUGAAUAAUCUAGAAAAGUCCCUCGUGCUCACAGAGUACAUGCUUUUUAUAUUUGGCAUUAUCUAUUAGACCGAAAGACUUAAGAUUACUUUAGUAGCAAUCUGGUCUUCCGAAAGGAGACAUACAAUUGAAAAUAUCCAAAAUGGAAGAGCUUUCCUCUGAAGAUUCUUGUCUGUAAGACUCACUUGUUAUUAGCAGGUUUUAAAAAAAGAUCCAGAAGGGUGUUUCUUCAGUUGACCAUAGUUCAUCUAAGUGCCAUGUUAUUUGAAACAUGAACUUUAUUACUGGUUUCAUUGUCAAGCUAAAAAUGACUCCAUUCUCUUUGAUGUUUCCCAUGAGUUUACAAUUGGUUCAUAACACAAGAAAAACAAAGCAACCUGAAAUAGAAAGAAUCCAGACAAAGAUGAAUUGUUAGAAUUUUUUAAAACGGCACUCUUGCUUCUUAUGCAUUUAGGUGGCUUCCAAAGAGACACCAAGAAUGAAAUCAGGAAUAUUUCUGGGUGUUUCAAGGUUGAUAAGCAGUAGGAAAGCUUUGAAUCUUGGUGAAAUUUGCAGGUUUAGAAGUGACCAGUAUUAGCUCCUACGAAUGACUUGAUACCUGAGGGCACGUGGGGUUUUCUUACCUUAGGUUUAGGGAGGAUCUCUUUGUAGUCCACUUUAUCAAGGCCACUGCAAAGGUCGAUUCUUUUCUAUCUCUCUGUCUGUCUCUGUUUCUUCUCUCCCCUCACCCCCACCUUUCCUUGUUCCUCUCCCUCCUCACUAGUGUGUCUAUCUCUACCUGUAUCUCCCUUUGUCUGUCUUUGUGUGUACAUACACGUGUGCCUGAGUGUGUCUCAUUCACUUUUGAGUUCUCCUGUUAUUAUUACCCAUGUCACUAUGUUUCUGCUUGAUCUUAUUAGAAUAAAUUGUUUUUAUAGUUCACCCUUUGUGAGUUUAGUAGCAUCUAUGGCAAAGCUGUAUUUUGUGAAUUUUGUACCCAAGAAAGUUCUUGAUAUAUUGCUUAUAAAUUUCUAAUGAGUAGACAUUCAGACACAGGGAUGUGGGGAUAUAAAGUGCCUGUUGUGUAUAUGGUUACUACAUGGUUAUGUAAUUUCCCUAGAGCAAACUAUAAUUUCAAUGAAAUUGGAAUAUACGUCUGAGAAAACAAUACAUUAUCAAAAGAAUAGAAUAUAUCUUAGUGAUUUACUUUAUUGAUAUGAUAGACCAGGAACCACUUCACUAAAGAGAAUUAGGAGCUUCUUAGCAGAGAGAAUAAAAUUUUAACUAAAUUUUGUAUGAGAGGUAAGACUCGCGCCAAAUGACACUGGAGUAUAGGUAGCAAUAGUGACUGCAUUCAUUGGUAGCCAUCAAAGACUCCACCCAAAAAUGAUAGCAAUAAACCAAUUGUUCCAUCUUAUCCAGGAGGAAUUAAGAAACAGUUAUAUGAGUGAGGGGCAAAACAUAAGGCUAAGUUAGCAAGGAAAGGAAAAGCAUCGUUCCCCUAAUUCUCAUGUCAACACACAUGACAUGUGUACUCAGCUUGGACUCUGCUGAAGCCAUCAUGAAGAUCAACUUCCCUCGCUGUUCUAACCAGUCAUGGGGCAAGAAUGAGAAGGAAUCAGUGUCUCUGGGAACCAGCUACCUACAAAACCUAUCUGAGAAUGUCAGCUGCCAAGUAUCUAGACCUUCAGGCAGUGAGAAAGAAUUUUGUGAAGAAUUCCUCACUUUUAGGGAAGGAAGUUCCUCUCUUGGCCAAGUGUCACUAUGUCUAGAAAAUACUGAGUGAGCUCUACUGUCACUACCAGUUAAUCUUUCCUCUUGUGCCAAUGUGGCUAAGAGUUUGGAACCCAGUGCUAUACAUCUCAAUUCAGGUACUGGCUUUCUCAUCAAUAGUUAUGUCACCUUAGGCCCCUAACUUCUCUGAAAUAUGAAAUUGAAGUAAUACUGAUUGGUCCCCUGUAGUAUUGCAAUGAGGGUUAUGCAGGCAUUUAGCAUAUUAUUAAGUUUUAGUGAAUAUUUGCUGGAACAAAAAAUUCCCCCAAGAAAGCCAUCUGUGAGAAAACUUAUAUGAGUACAUGUAUGUUCAUGUCUGUGAGCAGACCAGUCCCAUCAGAUAAAGGUGCGUUCUGGGGAAAGUUGGGUUUAAUCUAUGACUGUAUUAUCCUUACUGUAGUAGCACUAUGGAUUCACGCACCGCUCCACUUAGAGUCCUCAAGAUUUUCAUGGCAAACUAUGAUGUGUAUUGGACAUUUUAAGAAUAAUGUGUUUGUAAGCAAACCAAAUAGAUUUAAAGCUUAAGAAACUAAAAACAAGACCUUUUAGACUAUAAGUGGCUUACCUUCCAGGAAGCUGCAGCUUUAAGUUCUGGCUUUGGAUGUCAUUCAGUCUGUCUUUAGCCUUUAGCUCUUCAUUUCUAGGCUCAGGUGCAGUAUCCAUCAGAACUUGUUGUCAGCUCCUCUCCUUCAUUGUAGUCAGGGUUUGAGACUUCGCACUGUAAGAACAAAUAAAUCAUAUAAAUUAUCGUUAGUAUGACUCAAGAGCAAACAACAUGUGCAGCAAGUUUUCUCUGAAGUGGAUGUUGAUGAUUUCUGAUUUAAUUUAAUUACAACAGCACAUCCCUUUGAAGCUGUGAUGGUGCCAAAAUUCCAUAUAUACUAGAAAGUUUUGUUUAGCAUUCUGUUCUUCAACCCCAGCAAGCUAGCACUUCCUAGCAACUGAUUUCUCCCAGAAAAUGGAUGGAUAGGUGAAUGAAUGGAUGGAUGAGGGGUGGAUGGAUGGAUGAUGGGUAGGGGCAUACACAGCAGGGCACAUUAUUGGAUGGUGAAUAGGUGGGUACAUGGAUGAAUGGCUGGGUAGAUGGAUGACUUGAUAGUAUGCAAAGGAGCUGGGAAUUAGUAGAUUGUCAGCCUUUAACAUUGUGACUAAUUAUCCGCCAUGUCCCCCACCAUCAUCACCAUGGACUGAGGAAUUCCUGGGGUGAUUUGUCUUUUUUUUUUUAUCCCUAGUCACUCAAUCUGUCCUAGAAUACUUUUUCCUUAAGAUACUUGAGUGAGUCUACUCCCACAAUAAAGUUAAACUGGGUUUUUAUGAUAGAAUUUCACCAGUAUUAGCAGGAAUGUAUAUUUUCUAUCCUCUCCUACUUACUUUUUGUUUAAAUGUCUGAGUGUAAGAACUGUUAGAAUCAAGAUGACAUUUUACUUUUACUGUUGAUAAUACAUACCAUCGUUCAUUGUUGGGUUUUGCAAAUAAUAAGAAUAUUCUCAUUGUUAGCAAAAGGAAUACAAGACCACUUGUUGAUGCAGAAAAUGAACAUUCUGACAAAGGAAUAAUACACGAUUUUCGACAGAAUAUUCUGACAAUAUUAGCAUUCUACCAUGAAGGUAAUAUAUUGCCAUUUUGGGCCCAGGUGUCAUCUGAUAAUUUAAGAAUUACUUUUUGAUUUAAAAUAGAACUUCUAAGCAUUUUCUAAAUUUGGGUAGAUAGUGGUAUAGUAUAAAGGUGGGAGUUUGGUUCUAUUUCUUUUGCUUCUGGUAGAGCUGCUCUUGUGUUUACUGUCUUCACCCAAUUAAGGUGGAAAGAGAACUUGAAACUCAGAAAAUUCAUUCUCUCUAUCACUAAACUAAUGGCUUCUCAGUGAAGACGGGAAAGUAUAGCGCUUCAUUUCCAUUUUUUUCAUUAAGACUGAGAAAGCAGCAGUAGUAUCUCCUUGCAAUAUACUCUUUUCCAUACUCACAGGAGCUUAUUAUGAAGAAAAAUGCCCUGAAGCUUCAUCAGCCAUGCUUUUGGAGUAUUAUCUAUUUCAAGCUUGCAUGGGAUCCAUAGGGGAAGAACCAAGAAUCAAAACUGAUAAUUGGAACCAUUAAUAUGAUAGAGAACCUCUUUAAUGCAUAGGCAAAUUGAGAGGCCAGGAAAAAGAAGUUUAGGAAUCAAAAGGGUCACAUUUCUCUUCUUAAUAGUGUUACUUAGUGUGGCAGAAGACAGAUUUGAUCACAUGUGAUCAAACUGUAAAGUUUUUUAAAAUGUGAAACAUAGAUAUAGUGUGAACUUCCACCGUCAAUCACAGGCAUCAGGACUUUCUGUGGCCUUGUAGUACGGGGUCACCGCCAGGUAGAUCUGUAAGGCUGGGAGUUCCGAGGUCUCCAUGUUCACUUCCUUUUCUUCGUGACUCAUUGGUCUGCUUUUAUUGAGGACUGUUUACAAGGAGAAUUCUUUGUUUUUAAAGAAAUCACAUCUUAUCUACAAAACUUAUGUCUAUUUUCCUCCUGCUGCAGAGUGAGCCAUUUCAUUUCUGAAAUUCACGAUCCAUGAUUAAAAAGGGGGUGGGGAUCAAUCUGUCCCCACUUUCCAGUACAAGCGAGUUAGUAUGCGCACAAGCAGAAGCUCGUCCUGCAGUUUGGUGGAAACUUAGCAGAACAGUAAUGCUGGCUGUGACUGUUGCCAAAGGAGAAGCAAUGUCCCUAGACUUGUACCAGUAGUUCCUUUUUGGUUCCUUUGCUAGCUGCUUUAAUUCUGCCGGCAUCUGUGAAUCUGUGGCUUGCUAACUUUUCUUAAUUGCUCGCAGUUAGGGGAAAACUUCAGACUCUCACAUUGCCAAAGUCAGUUGAGUUUUAACACUAUGACUUUAAUUAAGACACAAGAAUUUCUACAUGCAUGUACGUUCUGGGACAUAGAUGAGGAGGUUAAAACUGAAGAGACAAACUAUGUUCAUUGUUUCCUGAUAAGAUCUAUCUAAUUUGAGCCUAAAAUAUAUCAAAUUUAAAUAAAUUCUUUUAAUAUUGGAAAUAUUGGAAAUCCAUUGAUAGUGAGAGUUUAAACAUAGAGGUUGAGAGAGAAUAAAACAGUUUCCAUGUGUGUUCCGCUGCUUUGCUCAAGGGUCUAUUCAUGUGACUUUUGCAUUUAUCUGGACUUCAGGGAGAUCCUGCAGUCUGUUUAAAGGGAGAAAGUUCAGUUUCUCCCUUGGGGAAAAAUGUAAAGAUUCUGCUAACUGGGGGCAGAGCAACAGAUCCUUCCUGCAGGAAAGGAACAGGACAAUGAGUUUGAAAACUGUUGAACCCACAGAUCUUUGCUAUGGUGCAACCAAUACAGCAAGCAGAGGAGAUAACUGUUCAAUACUUCAGCUUGGAUUCUGGCACUUUAAAGAUCACCACUAAUUUUUACUUAGAUAUUUAAAUGUCUUCUGAAAAUCAAUGUAAAUGUUUACUCCCGUUCAAAAUGCAUAGUUGUGCUUAGCACCUUCAGUCCAACUCCCCUGAAGAGUGGCCUUUGAGUUCUGUUCUUGGUGCAUACAUCAGCUCUUCAGUCUGGGCGGUUGUCAUGUGGUUAGAGAUAGGACCAGCGACAGGAAAGGAAAGUUGAUGUGAGUCAGAAAUGAUCUACAUUUCUUAUUUCAAGGGAUCCUGGUCAUCUCUUGGUCAGUAGAUAGCUCACAGAUUUGCUUUUAUUCAUAUGCUUCAGAAAAUUAUAAUUUCUUUAUAAUGUUUAUAUUACUAAUCAUAAAUUAUUUACUUGCUUUCGAAGUCAUAUGUCACAGAUUUGCUAGAUGAAAACUGUAAGAUGAAUGAAUAUAUUUGUUCUAUGGUGUUGCUCACUGAAGUAGCUGUUUUCAAGUUCUUGGCAAAAUUAUGUUUUGUGGAUGGUAGAAAAGAAGGAGGAGCUCCUACAAGUAUCUCUGGAGUACAUGAUAGUGCUCUGAGCUUGGGGGUUUGCCAUUGAACAGCACACACAGAACUUUCCAUUUUCAUACCAUAUACUCUAUGGAGAAACACAUAUACUCACAAUACCAUUAUCUGUCAUUUUGCUAAUACAUCACAAAAUACAGAUAUUUAUAGACAGAGUCAUUAAUAUAGAUGAAACACACCAAUGGACAAACAAAAGGGUCUCUAGAGGUGGAAAUAAACAAAAGUCAAAGGCAAUAAAAGAAGGUUGAAGAAGGUAUUAGUGAGAUAUUCUAGGAAGAGGUAGCAAGUGCAGGGCACCCUAGGGAACUACAUGCUGGCAUUUUGAGAACCUGUGAGGCCCUGGUGAAAACAGACUGGUAAGUGAAGAGAGAAGGGAGGUGGGGGCAGAGCGGUAGUCAGAAGGGGACAUGACAAUGGCAGAUAGAAGGCCAUGACUAAGAUUUUGACAUUAAAUAAAAAUAGAAACAUUUAGAGGGUUUAUAGAAAUAGAGGGAUAUGACCUGCCAGAUUUUAAACCAGUGUUAGAGGACAGGAUUUCCUGCAAUGACAGAAAUAUUCUAAAAUCAAAAUAUCCAGUAAGUCAGCCAGGACACCUAUAUGGGGCACUUGUGAUUAAUGAACCUGAAAAGUAAAGACUUCAACUUAAUGCAGUUAUGGCUGACACAUUAGGCAAUAGCUUUACAUUUUCAGUGGCUGCUUUGUAAAGAACAUGUGUAAGGAGACAGAGACAAGGCAGGAAUAAAUGAUAAUUCUUGUAUUCAUCCCCACUGAGGCUUGGAGAACACUAUUUUGCAAAGGGUUGAUUAAAUUAUUUUAGUUUUUUUUUCUGUCAUGUAGCCUCUGCUAAAUAUCCUCAUGUGCAUGCUGGCAAUAUAUAAAUGAACUAGGGUGGUUGCUUUUCGGUAGAACAUUACUUGUAGGUCUGUAGGCCAUAGUUUGCAGAUGGUGAUGGAUAGGAUCCUUGCAAGUAGAGUUGACAGAACUUAUUGGCAGAUAGCAAGUAGUAUAAAAGAAAAGGCAGGCUCACAUAGCGUGAAGCCUGUGACCUGUACAUUUGGUAAAGUGGAGUUAAAAAGAGAGAAAAGACUCAGUAGCAAAUUUUGGAGGAAAAAUAGUAUUUAAUUUGGCCUUGUUUUUGUUUAAGGUAUCACUUGGACAGCUAAAAGAAAUUUGAGAUUGAAAAGAAACAUCUGGGCUAUAAUACAUAUUUGAUAAUUAGCAAAUAUAAUAGUAUUCAUGAAUGAUAAUAAAGUUUCCUGGAGUGACAGUUUGAAAAGAAGCAUUGUAAGUUCUGCUCUAUGGCAGAUCUCGGUGUGAAAUAAGGGAAAGAUGGUGAGAAGACUUACAGAAGGAUGAACAUCAAGCAGGAAGUGCUCUUCCAGGAAAGGGAAAGGACUCAUUAGUACUUAGCAGAUUCCAUGUGGAGCCUGGUGGUUUGGCCACGUGUGUUUGGUCACUGUGUCACUGAGCAUAAACUAGUCUCUUCUGACUUCUGUUAAGUUGUAAUACAUAGAAUCUCAGCUUUCCAUGCAAACCUCUGUAGUAGUCAAAUUUGGGUAAGAAACUCUGGCCUGGGAGUCAUGAGUCUUGGGUUCUAGACUCCACCCUGCUGACACUGAUGGUUGUCUGUUGAUGAACACCCUUCACUUCUCCCUCAGGCUUCAAUUUCCUUAGGGGUAAGUCAGAUCACAGGUUCCAACUGCAUAAUACUCAUUUCUCUCAUGCUUGGUGAUGGCUACAUUUGCCAUUUCUUUGCUUCUGAUUUCUUUGUGACUGGUACAACUCUACUGAGGUAAUAUGGGCAUGGCAGAACCAUUGCUAAAACAAAAUCUCUUCUAAGUAACACCUACAUGGCCUAAAAAUUUAGAGAUUUUGGAAUAACAUCUUGUUGUUUUUCCACUGGUGGAGGGGGAGUGUGUGUGAGUGUUUCAGAAACCUAAAAUAAAAGUCACUUUUUUCUAUCUGAAAAAAACAAAAGAAAGAAAAGAA